GCAGCAUCAGCAUCACCGGAAUGAGUAACAGUGCGCAACUUGAGAAAUAACUAUAGUGUCUGGAGGAGCGCGCGUGUGACCGUUAAUCGUUAACUUCACGAGCCGGGUUUCUCUCCAGCGUAUUCAUGAGGGCUUAAAAGGUGCCAACAAGGAAACCCAGCACGGACUCUCUGUGGAGCUGCCGCCGAAGAAAGAGGAGCCAUGGACUAUAUAAAAAACCACAACACUUAUCUCCCCGUCUUCAUUUUGAUAAUGAGCAGUACCUGCCACGCCCUUUUUGACCGAUUUCUGGACGAAGACUUCCCAGAUGAGUUUCUUCCUCAUCCCCUGGACAAUGACAGCCACUUUCCCUCCUGUGAUUUUGAAUCACCGUGUCUCUGGACUUUAUCGAACAGCAGCCGAAGUGACUGGUUAUUAGUGUCGCCACAGCAACCACAGAGUACAAAGGCUGGGAUGAUGCCUGCAACUGACAACUCAGAGGGAAGGUCUGAUGGACACUUCCUUCUUUUAACUCCGUCACCUGAAGCUGAGGCCUCUGGGAAAUGUGACUACCACUUAAUGAGCCCAGUAUUGCCAAAAAGCAGCAUGGACUGCCUGCUUCAGGUGGCUGUGUAUGAGGCCGGCCCCAUGGUGGGGAACCUCACACUGCUGAUCAAGCCUGCUCAACCAGAUUCAGACGUUCACUCGGAGAUGCUGCACCACAGGGGACGAGACGACCGCAGGGCUGAGUGGCAGAUUUUUGGAGUUCCGAUUGGCUGGGUGGCUGGACCCUUUCAGGUGACCCUGCUCUACACUUCGUGUGAGAGAGAAGCCACUGUGGCUCUGGACUCGCUGGAGUUCAUAAACUGCGAAUCAGAACACCAUUUCGGUGAAAUGAGUCCCAUUUGUGAGGAAUCUUUCCACUGCAACCACUCAGGAGACUGCAUCGCCACGAGCCAAGUGUGUAACUUCCACACGGACUGUCCUUAUGGAGAAGACGAGGGCUUCAUCUGUGGGCACUUCUUGUUUCUCCCUGUCAGAGAGAGUAAUUCACUUAAAGAAGCGUUCGUUCAGAGCUCUGCAUUCCCUCGUCCAGUCUCUUCUGUUGCUUGCCAGAUGCAUUUCUCUCUGUACCUGCGUGGUCAUUUUAAUGGCUCGUUGCAAGUGGCUAUAGAGGAAAACGGGACCGUCGCCGCGGUACCGGUCUGGGAGAGGAAUGGUCAAGCCGAAGAUAACUGGGAACCGGUUGCCCUGGAACUGACUGACCUUCAUCACGGGUUUCGUGUUAAAGUGACAGCUGUGUGGGGACAAGGCUCCAAUGCUGACGUUGCUCUAGAUGACAUUGCACUUGGAGCAGCCUGCUUCCAGUCAGAUCUCAACUUUCUGCUGCCCACGACCGACUUUGAAGAUUUCUUAAGCCCCCUUCCAGAGCCUUUGGCCUCAGAGGUUUCUCUGAUGACUUGGUGGUUUACAUCAUGCGGUGCCAGUGGACCACAGGGCCCAACCCAAGCCCAGUGUGACAGCACUUACAGGAACAAAAAUAUCAACGUUACCGUGGGGAAGGAGGGACACUUGAAAGGAAUUCAGAUGUGGAAGGUGCCUGCUACUAACAGAUACCUGAUCUCUGCUUAUGGGGCUGCAGGAGGAAAAGGAGCCAAAAACCACAACAAACGCAACCAUGGGGUCUUUAUUUCUGCCAUCUUUCCUCUGGAAAAAGGAGAUAUGCUUUACAUCUUGGUGGGACACCAGGGAGAAGACGCAUGCCCAGGGAGAAAUCCUCACACCAAAAAGAUCUGCCUCGGAGAGUCAUCUGUGAUUGAAGACAACCUCAAGCUGCAGGCUGGUGUAGAGUGGGCUGGAGGAGGAGGCGGAGGAGGGGGAGCAACGUACGUCUUUAAGAAGGAGGAUGGAGAGCUGGUUCCCUUGCUGAUCGCAGCUGGUGGAGGAGGAAAUGCCUACCUGGAGGACCCUGAGUCCAGUCUGGACAACAUACCACUGGAGCAGUAUGAAAACAGCACCGAAGCUCCCAGUAGCAAUGGCCAAACUGGUGCAGCAGGUGGAGGUGGCGGCUGGAAAGAUAGUUCAAGUUCUCACCUGAUGGCUGGCAGAUCCCUGGUGGAAGGUGCCGAGGGGGGAUCUUCAUGCCCCCUGGCGCUGUCUAAGCUCAGCUGGUCGACCUUCGGAGGGUUUGGAGGAGGAGGCGGUGCGUGCACAGCUGGAGGAGGUGGAGGAGGAUACAGAGGAGGCGAUGCUGCUUUGACAGAUGACAUCACAGCUGAUGGUCAGAAUGGAAUUUCAUUUAUUCACCCGAUGGGAGAGAUUUUUCUGCAGCCUCUGGCAGCAAUGGAAAGUCACGGUGAGUGUGAGAUCAAGGUGCAGCUGAACUGCAGCCACUGUCAGACGCAGAGCUGCAAACGAGAAGCAGAUACUCACCUCAUCCUCUGCCUCUGUGAUGAUGAUGAUGAAGUCCUGGACAUUGACAACGUUACAUGUUUUAGGCCUCCAACGCCUCGUCAAAGCCCGACUCUACCGGUCCCGGUCCCGAUGCCGACAUCCCUGAUCCUGGCUGUUGUGGUCUCCACCGUCGCCAGCGGCUUUGCGCUGGUCUGCGCCGGCGUCAUCCUCACAUCUGCACCGGGCGAUGGCUCGACGGCACCUCUUACCUGCACGCAACGCCCCCCCUCCCUGGCAGACUACCAACCUGCAUCGGGGACAUGGGCUGCCUCCAUGGCGGUGUGGUACCACAAAAAGAACGACCUGCCUGCAGUGAGGGGGCGUCUUCAGAGUCCCGAGUAUAAGCUGAGCAAAAUCCGUUCCUCCACCAUCAUGACGGACUACAACCCAAACUACUUUUUCACCGGCAAAGCCACUUCGUUCAGUGAGCUGAAGGAAGUGCCACGCAAGAACAUCACCCUACUGAGGGCCCUUGGUCACGGAGCCUUCGGUGAAGUCUAUGAAGGUCAAGUUCUGGGGAUGAGUGGUGAUGGCAGUGCUAUGCAGGUGGCCAUAAAGACUCUACCAGAAAUCUGCUCCGAGCAGGAUGAAAUGGAUUUCCUGAUGGAGGCUCUGAUUAUGAGCAAGUUCAGCCAUGAGAACAUCGUGCGCUGCAUUGGCGUCAGUCUGAACAUCCUGCCGCGCUUCAUCCUGCUGGAGCUGAUGACCGGAGGAGACAUGAAGAGCUUUUUGAGAAGAAACAGGCCACGAGCGGGCCAGACCUCGUCUCUCACCAUGCGGGAUCUGCUGCGCAUGGCCAGAGAUAUCGCCUGUGGAUGUCGCUAUCUGGAGGAGAACCACUUCAUACACAGAGACAUCGCUGCCAGAAAUUGCCUCCUUACCUGCCCUGGGUCGGACAGAGUGGCUAAGAUUGGAGACUUUGGCAUGGCACGAGAUAUUUACAGAGCCAGCUAUUACAGGAAGGGCGGCCGGGCCAUGCUGCCAGUUAAGUGGAUGCCACCAGAGGCCUUCAUGGAGGGGAUCUUCACCUGCAAAACUGACACAUGGUCAUUUGGAGUUCUGCUCUGGGAGAUCCUCUCGCUGGGUUACAUGCCAUAUCCUUGUAAAACCAACCAGGAGGUCCUGGAGUUUGUCACCAGCGGAGGCAGGAUGGAUCCUCCCAAAGCCUGCCCAGGGCCUGUCUAUCGGAUCAUGACCCAGUGUUGGCAGCACUGUCCUGAGCAUCGGCCCAACUUCUCGACUAUCCUGGAGAGAAUCAACUACUGUACUCAGGAUCCAGAUGUGAUCAACACGCCUCUACCUGUGGAAUAUGGCCCCAACACGGAUGAUGACGGAGGCACUGUAAUCCGUCCUACUGACCCGACAUCUACCUGUCUCACUCCACUUCUAGUCUCACACCCUCCCUCCCAGGAUUGUCCCUCCCAGCUGGGUUUCUCAGCCAUGGGCCUGGGUCCCACCCCUCUUCCCCUGCAGCCUACAAAGCCCCGUCUGCUCCUGCAGAGGACCCAACCUGUCCACCAUGAAGUCACAUCAUGUCGCGAGGUUUUGGAGCCAUGCUGGGCUGAGCCCGUUCCUGCCCCUGGUUUGUCAGCGGUCUCCAACUGGCUCCACCCUGAGCCUCCUCAUCACCGACCCUACUCCAGAAACAGCUCUUCCUCAGAGAACCAGAGGCUGAAGAACAAGACUAAGAACCUCUGGAACCCCACAUAUGGAUCCUGGGUCUUGGAUAACUUAAGGGGGAAGAAGGCGCUCACUCACACCCAGUCCAUGCCACUCUCGAGCUCCACCUCCAAAACGCAGACCCACAGCCCAGCUUCAGAAAACCACGAGGCUGGCAGUGACGGCACCAGCAGCACCUACCUCAGCCCUAAAAGCCUCUGCACUUCCUCGACUUCAUCUUCUUCUUGCCAGGCUCAGGCUGCCUCUAGCACGUCCUCCCAUAAGACACCAGCAGGCGGUGGCACAAAAUCUAUGGACCUUGCUAAGCUCCAGAGUUUCCCAUGUGGCAACGUCAACUAUGCCUACGACGAGCAAAGCUAUGAGGCAGAAAGCCUGCCGUUGGUUGUGCCCAAAGCCCCAGAAGAUGUGAAAAACACCAGCUCUGCUACCAGUGUCUCAUCAGGGAGUAGCCUGGGACUAGCAUUAGGCCUCCAUACCCCCUCAUCCUGCAUGCCCAAGCUGCUGCUGCUGAAGCGCCAUGCCAGCUACGGGCAUGAGGAUGUGAGGAGACACACCAAAGCUGAGAAACCCACACGUGACAGAGACUCUGGCUUUUCUCUGUCUGAAGACCUCAGUGUUACUCCUAUCUAAGAAAAGGAUUCAAAUGUCACCUGAAUCCGUUUCUCAGAAACUGAGACUUUAGCUCUGGAAUUUUUAGAAUAAAAAGCAUGACCAUGAAGGCUCCUUCAUGGUCAAGUGCCACAGUGUCUGAUUCUUACAGCUCCUAGAAUGCUGGAAAACACAACUGAACAUUCCCGUCCACACAAACACUCUGUAAUACAGAGAGCCAACACUGGAGCCCUGUCAAAGGCUUCUGAUACCAUAGUAGCUGAACACUGAUGCUGAAACACUGGGAGACUGGCGGCCCUGCACUUCCUCAGUGUCCACACUGUGGGUGAGGGCUGCCAAAACGUACUGCUGUUGAUGGACUCCUUUUAUACCUGUUAUUUUUUCUUUUUGCUGUAUUUUAUUCAUGAAAGCUUUGCUGGCAGUAUAUGUGAAUUUGUAGUAUUUAGUGUAUGACCAUAAAAGACUAAAAGAAUAUUGAGUCAUUGGGAGGAGAAUCUCCAAGACGUUUUAAUUUCAUAGGUAUAAAUUUUUUGAAAAGUAAUUCCACUCUUUUGAUGCUGAUGGGCAGAAUCACAGCUCUAUAUACACUUUAGGACCUUUAUACUACUCGUUGGUACUCUAAUAUAAUUGGUUUCAUCCCAUACAAUGUGAAAACACUUCCUCUGGCAAUAACGUGUAUUUUCUGACUUGGUAGGUGAAGCACGAGCCUGUUUCCAGCCUUGUUCUCAGCUAACUGGAUACUGGUCUACAAAUUUAAAGUUUGGGGGGUUUAAACUCUUUUUGACUCUGGAUCAGUGGUUCUCAAACUGGGGAGGGGCCCCACCCAGUGGAGCAAAGAGCCACUGCAGGAGUGGUGUUAGGAAUCAGGGUACACUCAACAAAGCGUUGAGCUGCUUGCUAUUGCAAACAUCUCAUCAGCCAAUCAGGUGGCAGCAACUUGAUUUAGGCAUUUAGGCAUGGUCAAGGCGACCCGCUGAAGCAAGCAUCAGAAUGGGGAAGGAAGGUGAUUUAUGACCACGCUGUACCCAUCUUCUGAUCCAAUAGAGCAACUUUUGGGAUGUGGUGGAAAAAGGGAUUCACAUCCUGGAUGUUGGAACUUUGUGAUGCAGUCAUGACAGUAUGGACCAAAAUCUCUGAGGAAUGUUUCCAGCACCUUGUUGAAUCUAUACUAUGAAGAACUGAGGUAGUUCUGAGGGUACAUGGGGUCUACCCCUGCAUUAGUAAGGUGUAUCUAAAUCUAAUGAGGUGUAAAUAUAACUUUAUGUAUGCUAAUGCUUUUGUGUUGAAUUGCAUCUUUUUCACAGUGCGCUAAAAAUUGUGGGAUGGGGGUCGUGAGCUUGAGUGUACCAGAAACAGUCUGAGAACCACCGCUCCAGAUUGAAAUAAUGGAUGUUAGCUUCUGAAGAAACCGGCCCACCAAAUUAGACACAUUUGCUUUCUUUGAGGGUUUUAUUUUUGUGGAUGAGGUCUCGUUCCCCUUGUCCCAAUAUUUACUUGGCUUUAGAGAUGUUUGAAGAGUCCGAGUUUGAUGACGACCUUGCAGCUAAGAAAACACGAAAGCUAUUUUUGUACUUGCUCCUACUUGCUUACACUGGACUAACAUUACAUUUGUAGCUGUUUGUUGUUGAUGUUUUGUUUUUGCAUUUGCAUUCAGUCAUGUUAAUGAUGAAUCUGUAAUCGAUCACUGCCAUUCGAUACGUACUGCUACACUGCCUCUAUAGAUGUAGUGCUGGUAGUACUUACGUUUACUCAACAGGGGGAGGUAUUCAACUCUGAAAUACCAAACAAGUUGCUGUAUUUAUGCUUUCAGGUUAUUCUUAUUUAAUCAAGUUUAUAGUUGUACUUGGUGUGUGACAUUAUUUUGAGCCUGAACAUGGCAAUAUUAUAUUUUUUGAUAUGUUGUUACAUUUAUGUAAGAGUUCUGUAGGCUUACUGUGUGUUAUAAGAUAAGACCUGCUGAUAUUUGUGUCUUUAUCUGCUGUUUAUCUCUUUAAGAAAAAAAACGUUUGUGCCAUAUAGCAAUACUGAUUACUGUGGAUUGUUUUUUUUCUCAUUUUCUUAAAGAAGAAAAAAAAAGACCCUCAUCUUACUCAUAGUUUAUAUUUCUUAUGUCCCGGUAGAUUUUAUUUCACACUCAUUUCAGUUUUUAUUCCUGUAUUUUUGUAGCUGAGGAUGCCUCAAACAAAAGUGCAAAGACAUUCUAUGCAAUAUACCGUCUUUACUUUCAUCUCACCUAACUGUGCCCCAAAUAAAUCAACAUAUAUCAACCUCACUUGUGUGAGUAUGAUCAGUCACACACAUUUAUAUCCCUGCAAAAGGCCGUCAACUCUGUCCAGACUAA